AUGACGUGCCCCUUUCGUCGCGCUGCAUCCCAGCAUCAGUUCGCCAAUGGAUCUGGGAGCAGGAAGCCCGAAUUCCGAUCGAGACAGUCAUCCGUACAUCUCCCAGGUCCUGAAGAAGAUGAUGCGGAGAACAACACCCUCACUUUGAAGAAUUUAAGCGAAGCUCUUAAGUUGCUAACAGCGCCAUCUAAUGAAUGCCUACAUGCAGCUGUUACGGCGUUGACAAAAAAUCAAGCCGAACAAUACGACAAAUAUCAUUGCUUGCGAAGAUUACCUGACGAAGUGAAGACGUGUAGGAACUAUGCUUAUUUACAAGAGAUAUAUGACGCGGUACGAGCUACGGACAGUGUAUGCACCAAAGACUUUAUAGCGAAACUAGGGGAAUAUUUAAUUUUAACGGCGUUUUCUCACAACUGUCGCCUGGAGCGAGCUUUCAAGUGCCUGGGCACGAAUUUGACUGAAUUUCUUACUACAUUAGACAGUGUGCACGACGUCCUACACGACCAAGAUGACGUGUUCAAAGACGAAAGCACAGAAACAGAAGCGGCUUUCGUCUGUACAUCACACGCUGGCAAAAUACAGCUUCACCUGACCACAGAGAGUGAACCAGUGGCUUAUAUGCUCGUUGGAAGUCUGCGGGCGAUCGCAAGGCUUCUGUAUGACACACACGCGGAGAUAAGACUGAUGAGCUAUACCAACGAUCCUAGAAGAUUUAGAUACGAAAUAAGCGCAGUGCCACUGCACCAAAAAUCGAAACAGGAGAACUGUGAAACCCAGAACGAAGCGGUCUCCGUGGCGGCUUCGACAAACGUCAACGAUCUCAAGAUAGGUGUUGCCAGCUUCUGCAAGGCGUUCCCGUGGCAUUUCGUGACAGACAGGCGUCUGGAAUUAGUUCAAUUAGGUGCUGGCUUCAUGCGUCUGUUCGGAACACAUCUGUCAUCCCACGGAUCUUCCCUCUGCACUUACUUUAGGAUGCUCAGGCCUAAGAGCGUUCCGUUGGAUUUUCGCGAAAUACUCAAACGAGUGAACACACCUUUCAUGUUUUGCCUGAAAAUUCCCGGAAACUCAUUAGCCGAGGGCCUGGAGAUAAAAGGACAGAUGGUUUUUUGCCCCGAGUCGGACUCCUUGCUAUUCGUCGGCUCGCCUUUUCUCGACGGCCUCGAAGGACUAACCGGCCGGGGUUUAUUUAUUUCGGACAUUCCAUUACACGACGCCACAAGGGACGUGAUCUUAGUCAGCGAACAGACUAGAGCGCAGGAUGGAUUACGUAAACGAAUGGACAAGUUGAAGAAUUCAAUAGUCGAACUGAGCAAGUCUGUGGCUAAGGAGAGAGAGAAAAACGUCAGCCUCUUGCAUUUAAUAUUCCCGCCGCAUAUAGCCAAACGUCUUUGGCUUGGUGAGGAGAUAGAAGCGAAAAGCCACGAUGAUGUCACAAUGCUAUUUAGUGAUAUAGUGGGCUUUACGUCCAUUUGCGCGACAGCCACACCCAUGAUGGUGAUUGCCAUGUUGGAAGACCUGUACAGCGUUUUCGAUAUAUUCUGCGAAGAGCUGGAUGUAUAUAAGGUUGAGACGAUAGGUGACGCCUACUGCGUAGCAAGUGGUCUACACCGGAAGAUCGAAACUCACGCGCCACAAAUAGCGUGGAUGGCUUUACGGAUGGUUGAAACUUGCGCCCAACACUUCACCCACGAAGGAAAUCCAAUCAAGAUGCGCAUAGGUCUCCAUACCGGAACUGUGCUAGCUGGUGUCGUGGGUAAAACGAUGCUCAAGUACUGCCUCUUCGGUCACAAUGUCACUCUAGCCAACAAGUUUGAGUCCGGAUCAGAACCCUUGAAAAUCAACGUUAGUCCCACGACAUAUGAGUGGCUAAUAAAGUUCCCGGGCUUCGAGAUGGAGCCGCGUGACCGAUCGUGCCUCCCGAAUUCGUUCCCUAAGGAUAUUCCGGGGACGUGUCACUUCUUACACAAGUACCUACAUCCGGGGACUGAUCCCGGGGCGACGCAGGUACAACACAUACAAGAUGCAUUAAAAGACUUCGGUAUAGGACAAACGAAGCCGGUGGAAGUUGAAACCGAGGACCCAACAUAG